AUUUUUCUGAUCUCAGAACCAAAGCCUGCCACCGGCCAUUUCAUCGUCUUCCCCCACUUUACGACGUGCUUCGCCUGCUCGGAGCAUCCGAGAGUUAUAGGGGAAUAUCUCAGGACUUGACUCAUGGCUUCCAAGCGAAUUUUGAAGGAAUUGAAGGAUUUGCAGAAGGAUCCUCCGACUUCAUGCAGUGCAGGUCCAGUGGCUGAAGACAUGUUUCAUUGGCAAGCAACAAUCAUGGGUCCUCCUGAUAGUCCAUAUGCAGGGGGAGUUUUUCUAGUGAACAUUCAUUUCCCCCCAGACUAUCCAUUCAAACCACCUAAGGUAGCCUUCAGGACAAAAGUAUUUCAUCCAAAUAUCAAUAGCAAUGGAAGCAUUUGCCUUGACAUUCUGAAGGAGCAGUGGAGUCCUGCAUUAACCAUUUCCAAGGUCCUGCUUUCAAUAUGUUCAUUAUUGACAGAUCCAAACCCAGAUGAUCCAUUGGUUCCAGAGAUCGCACAUAUGUAUAAGACGGAUAAGAACAAGUAUGAGACUACCGCAAGGAGCUGGACACAGAAGUAUGCCAUGGGUUAGCUAAAUUGAUUGUCAGCCGGUCUCUUAUUGGAUCUCAGGUACUAAGUUAAAUGUAUUAUGUGUUAAAAGCUGGAAGUGAUUGUGCUUAAGGUUGUCUAUUUUACCAAAUUCAUAAGCGGCCUCUCCUCUAUUUUGGUGGAAAACAAAACAUGAAAGAAAUUGCUUUUUAAUAGCUUGUUUGGAAAUUUGCUGUCUGAUCAUUUGAAAAUCUGCGAGAUUCGCCAUUCUUAUUCUGAUUAGAGAAAAAUGAAAGGGUUGGCAUUGGGGGCGGACAAAUUCCAUGUAUAUCAUAACAUGAUGAAACUCAUAUUUUAUUUAUAUUUAUAUUUUUGAACAUAAUUCGC